UUAUUUUUUUAUUAAUAAAGGUUACCCAAAUAUACAAGGUCACUGGAAACGUAUAGCAAUAUCUUUAAGGGUUGAUAGUAGGGAUCAUUAGCUAUCAAAUUGAAUUGGGUUACAUAGGGUAGAAAUAUACCCAUUUCUUUUUUUUUUAAGAAAUGUGGGUUACUCAACUUCAAAGUGAUUUUUUUUUAAAUCGGUACAUUUUUGCCCCAGUAACCCAAUUCAAUUUGAUAGCUAAUGAUCCCUACUAUCACUACACAUAGGGAUCGCUAUACGUUACCAAUGAAGCUGUAUAAACAUACUGUACUUAUAAUGAACUAGUAUACAUAAAUAAAUAGCUUUGAAAAUAAGGAAUUCUAAAGAAUCCUAUAUUAUGUAGUAAUCUGUGUAUUAGUUUUAUAUAUUUUUCUAAGCCUCUUAUGCACUUGUGCUCCUGUGAUCAAUAUAAUAAUUUAUAAUAUUAACUAUUUAACAAAUAUGAUUAAAUUAUAUAUUUUUAGUUAAGUAACAAUUGCAUCACAUGACACGAAAAGCUUAUCCAACUUUAUUUGUAAGUAAAUUUCUAUAAAACACAAAAUGCAUUUUUUUUACAACCCUAAAGUUUACCUUCAGGUGGGAGGCUUCGGCCGUCUCUAGUUACCACCCUACCGGCAAAGACGUAUCGCCAAGCGAUUUAGCGUUCCGAUAAAAUGUGUAGAAAGCGUAAGGGGUGUGGAUUUCCAUCCUACCCCUAACAAGUUAGCCCGCUUCCAUCUUAGAUUGCAUCAUCACUUACUCACAGGUGAGACUGUAGUUAAGGGCUAACUUGUGUAACAUGUAAAAAAAAACUCUAGAAAGUUCUAUUGCUGGAGCGAUCUCGCCAUUUCUUUCCAUUCCACUGAAAAUCCACACCCCUCUCGGUUUCUACACAUCGUACCGGAACGCUAAAUUGCUUGUUUUUAAAUAAUUAAAAAAACCACAACCAUGGCGGUCGAUCAUACUUCCCUGGGCGAAUUGUAUGAUAUAGCUCUACUACUACUAAUUUACAUUAAACGGCUCACUGCUGAGCUCGAGUCUCCUCUCAGAAGAGGGGUUAGGCCAAUAGUCCAAUGCGGAUUGGCAGACUUCACACACGCAGAGAAUUAAGUAAAUUAUCUGAUUUGCAGGUUUCCUCACGAUGUUUUCCUUCACCGUUUGAGACACGUGAUAUUUAAUUUUGAGGUGCAUGCCCCGGACCGGAUUCGAACCCACGCCCUCCGGAAUCGGAGGCAGAGGUCAUAUCCACUGGGCUAUCAAGGCAUUUUACAUUAAAUAUAGACAAUAUUAUGAUAAUGUUAAUGAUAAAUUAGCAGAAAAUUAAAUUUGAAUGUUCUUCUAUGCUGCAACCUUCUCUCCGUACUUCUGCUAAGCCUAUUAUGUCAAACUGAAUUUUUUGUAAUGCAUGUUGAAGUUCUAUGAAUCUUUCUAUGGAAGAAAGUGACCUUACAUUAUAUGUACAGAUUCUUAAAGAGAGUGUUUGGGACGGGUUCUUCAUCGCUUUACAAGAUAUGACUGGAGGGUUUUGGUCGUACUCCUCCUCGGUGACCAAUCGAAUUGGAGGAGGGAGAGGGUUUUUUUGCUUUAAUUGCUAUUCAUUUUGAUCUGUUGCGGUAUGGAAGCUGGUUGUUGGCUUUGGAGAAAGGAAGGUUUCGUUACUCGAAGAAUUUAGCGUUUGUUUAGGAGUCCAAUAAGAUUGAAGAGUAUGUUUCUUGUGUAAGUGUGUAAGAUUUUUUUCUUGGUGUUUUUUCUGGUUGCUUGGUGGAGUUACUGAUAUGUUUCUUUUGUAGCGUGAUUGUAAUGGUUCCUGGCUUACUUUUUGUGGAAGUAUAAUUAGUUUGUCGUAUUUGAUGUAAACUCUUUUUCCUUUGUCUCUUUCUUCAUUAGCUUUUUCUUGCAAUUCUUUUCUUAUAGCCAAAACUUUUGGUGGGUAAUCUUCUUUAAUAUAGUAGUUGGAGUUGAUCAGCGACUUUUUGUUUCGUAGAAUUUCGAUUUUCCUGCCGAGUGUUGUAAAUGAUAUCACAAUUGGUCUUAUUUUAUCAAUUUUUUUACCUUUCCUCCUCAUAUACUCGAUCUCCAAAGCUGAGCAAUUUACAUUCAUGUUAUAGUUCAAAAUAUGUAGUAUUAUUUUAAGUAAUUCAUCAUAACUUCGCUCUGUUUCUUCUACACCAAAAAUCAGAAUAUUCCUAGUUCUUAUUUGUUUUUCAAGAAAGUCUAGUCGAUUUUCUUGUGAUUGGAUUGUAUGUUCGAGUGCUUGUAACUUCAAUUGUACGUCAUCAAACUUCUCGUCUAUUUUUCGUAACAAAUUCUCUUCGCUAUUUUUUACUCUGUCUUUUGUUUCACUGAUAUCAGUUUGUAUUGCCUUCAGAAGACAUUUAAUUUCAUCCAUGCUUGUGAGAAAUACGUAGAGGUGGUGAAUGACUCGGUGUAGAUGAUUUUUUUUUUUUUUUUUUUUUAAAUUAUUUACACAAUUUUAUCUAAAGUACUAAUGACAACUUAGAUAAUGUGUCCUCGUGGUACUGAGAUUCGAUCCCGGUACCAAACACUUAAUAUAGCGUUGAAAUUCAAUGGUCUUACCACCAAGCCAUCUCUUCGUGUAUAGAUAUUGCGAAUUGUAGGAUCUUAACAUGCGACAUUCAACUUAGUGACAAUUAACAGUGGGUACGAUUUAUUUAUUUGCACACCCUCGAUCUGUUGUACAAUUGUCUUUCACUGUUUAUGAUGAUUCGCUUUUUGAUAUCUUAUCCAAAACUCUUGAAACUUCGUAUAUUUAUGCACUUUUUUAAUAGUUUAUCGAACUGUUAUUGCUAAAUCUUACUUUUCACGUAAUAUUGUGAUGUUUUUAAUAGUUUAUAUUAGUGAUUGUGAGUGUUUGACACUUGUAACUGAAGACACUUUGGAAACGAAAGUUUGUGCGUUUCUUUGAGUUGUUUGUUCUGCAAACGUUUUCACUCGUGAGUUACAUAGCACUUAAAGUUUUAAUCACAUUAACAACUGAUAUUGUGCGUUUAUUUAAUUUAUAAAUGACUUUUUGUUUGGAGCCGUUGCUUCACUGUUUACUGCAGCGCCCUCUCCAUUGGUAAAAUAGCCGGCCAAUAUGGAGUAGGGUUCAUAAUCAAUAAAAAAUAUAAAUCCAAUAUCGAUAGCUUUACUGGCUUCUCAGACAGAGUAGCAAUGCUGCAGCUUAACUUUAAUAACAUGACUAUCUCUAUCAUACAAGCCUAUGCUCCCACGGAAGAUUCGAGUGAAGAAGACAUCCUCAACUUUUACAAUACUCUAAAUAAAGCCUACGAAUUUGCAAACAAAAAUAUUAUAUUACUGGGUGAUUUCAACGCCAAAAUAGGGCAACCCAGAAAAAACGAAGGCAUUGUAAUGGGUAAUUUUGGCUACGGAUCAAGAAGCAAAAGGGGAGAACUCCUUAUAUCACAUGCCCUCGAACAUAAACUCUCUAUAGUUAACACGUUUUUUAACAAAAAAGUUCACCGUCGAUGGACCUGGAUUUCACCCGAUGGAAAGACAAAAAACGAAAUAGAUUUCAUUUUAACAAAUUUCGUAAAAUCAGUCUCAAAUUUAGAAGUGCUAAACAACUUUCAAUUUCCAUCAGAUCACAGACUAGUUAGAGCCACAUUCAUGAUCAAAAAUAAGAGAUUAUGCAGAAAAACAUUCAAAAAAUCUUUUAAAAUUCCACGUACUGAACACGAAGUCGAUGUUUAUCUAAAUAAUUUAACAAAACUCCUAAAUAAAUUGAAAGAUACUAUUUCCUCUGAACGAAACAUUAAUGUGCAGACCUUUUACGAUUCUCUAGAAGCUAUAAUAAAAACAAAUAUUGAGCCUCAAAUAUAUCCAGAUAAACAAAGAAGAAGCAUUUUAAGCGAGGAAACCAAAAAACUUAUCGAAAGGCGUUCAGAACUAUUAAAACGUAAACAUAAAGAUAGAGAAACGAAAAAAGAACUUAGUUAUCUAUUUAAAACUACGAAUAAAAAAAUAAGAAAGGAUUAUGAAAAUCACAGAAAAAAUGUUAUUGAAAAAAAUCUAACACAACACAGAAGUUACAAAAGAGCCAAACACGAAUUAAAAUCACAUAAAAAUUGGAUAACAGCCCUUAGCUCUGGCAACCAGAAACUGAAUAGUAGGUCAGAUUUGCUGGACUGCGCUACAAAAUUUUAUUAG